AUGUCAGAUAGGCCGCGUUUCUGCGAGAACCGCGAUGGAAUAAUCUGUGAUGGAGUCAAUGGCUUCAAGAGCAUCGUGCAAGGCUUCGGGCCCGACGGCGGCAAGACGAGUGCUCCUCCCACCGCUUCCGGCAGUGUUGCGCCCCAACCUACACCUCCGAGUGACGGCACGCCGCCGCCUCCGCCUCCUCCCCCGCCUGCUCUAGAAACUAUCACGACUUCUUCUCCACCCGACAUCGUCACGGUGUCUGUGACCCCUCCAGCAAGCACUGUCACCUCUGUGACCUCUGUGACCCCGCCGCCCUCGCCGCCCGAGUUGGUGUCGUCGUCGUCACAAGAGCCUAUCGCGAGCAUCCCUCCUCAACUGAUCCUGCCAACACCCGCCGCCGCCUUGACAAGCACUUCAUCUCGGGGGUCCUUCAUAGAAUCACUCCCAACCAGGACAGCGACCACUCUAAAUCCAGUGAACAACCCUCUGCUUCCGAGCAUAUUUUCCAGCUCGGAUUUUCAGUCGCCGGAUGUCGGCCCUGUAACGACAUUUCCUUCCCCGGCAACAGAGACGGUCAUAGCGACUCCUUUGGUCUCACCAGGAGCUGCGUAUGGAGCUAUUGCGGACAGAUCGACCACGUUUCCCGCCGCUCUAGUGGCCGGCGUGUCGGGUGGUGUGCUCGGAUUCAUUUUCAUCUUCGCCCUUCUCUGGAGGUACUACCUCAGGAAACAAUCCCAGCGGAGACACGCCCACAGUUUUGCCGAUGAGAACGGAAUCACUCAUACUCGCAAAGAUCGUCACGACCCUCCCUCUGAUCGUAUUGUGACCACCGAGAUAGUACGGAGCGACUCACAUCCCUCCAAGUCAGACCAAACCAGAUUCUCGUGGGCUGCAACCGAGGUGUCCUUGGGAACCGGUCUGGAACCCCUGAGUCCGAAACCAGUAAUACAGCAAACGGUGCACAGGAUGAGUGUGCCAGUUCCCGUCGAAGCCAGCAGUUUCCGCAACAGUUCAAAAGAGGGGAGUAUGCGCGGCUCCUUCUCGCGGCCUACAUCUACAAAUCAGCAGACAGUGCCACGAGAUGCGUCUGCACCGCAAAGGGCGGAAGGCUCAAGCACGCAUAGGUCAUCGGCACGGCUGCAAGUACCUGGUACGGACCACCCCCAAAAGCAACAGGACCUUCCUUCUCAGACAGAGGAGACGGAGGAGGACGGUGAGCAGGACCUAGUGCAAGCGCCACUACAGAAUAAGGGGGAGGGCACAGGACUCCAGAGACGACACACUCUGAGGACCUCGCCACUUCACCAGAACCCAUUCAAGGACGCAGUCGAAGAAGAGUCGCCAACGGAGACUCCGGAGUCUUUGACUUUCGAGAUUGUCAACGCAGACACGUCGCCCCCACGGAGCACAAGGGAGUCUGAAUCUGGAGCGCGGGGGGAAGAACGCCAUGAAAGUCCUCCAUCUCCUUUACAUGUCCUGGAGACUAUCACUUUAACAGCUGAAGAACUGAAGAGGGCCUCAACUGCAAAGAGUAUGUUCUCAACAGGGAUGUGA